AUGCUGUUUUCAAACCCAACUGCAAAGACCGUGAAGGUUGUUUUAUGGGGUCUCGUGCGCACAGAUGGUGAACCCUGGGGACCUUAUGCCGGAUCUCAGGACACUGAGGACAGCAUGGUGGUUUGUUGUCGGGACGGUGGUUCCUUGUCAGAUAAACGGCUUGUCUUCCACAGAGAGUGUGACAGAGAGCUGACGGUGGUGGCAUAUAACACUUCUUCAGUGUGGGAGGAGGUGAACAGAUUAGGUCAGAGGGUCUCCUGGUCUCCGGGACAUGAGGGAUCUCAGUGGGCUGCGAGCUCUGGGGAUCAGCAACCGUGGAUGGAGAUUGAGCUGUGGAACAGGAGUAGUGUCACAGGCAUCAUAACAAAGGGUACACCGCAUUACUACAUCGAAUCUUACACCCUCAUGUUCAGCAAAGACCGCAAGAACUGGAAAGUCUACAAAGCAACAUCCAGCAAAGAUAAGAAGGUGUUUGAGGCCCAUUCUGAUGGUCAUGUGACGGUACUCAACAGUCUGAUUCCUUCAGUAGUUGCACGCUACCUCCUCGUGAAACCCCAGAAGUGGCAUAUCAGGGCCUCUGCGCAGGUUCAAGUGCUGGGCUGCCCUUCUGCCCCCCUCAGACCCCGUUCCCACGGAGAUGAAUUGAAUACUGGGAAAGCAGUUGUCACAGAGACUGUGCCUCUAGACACGCUGCCCACUGAGGGUCCUGUCAUCACAAGAAGCUCAGGCCCCAGCCAAGCAGUGAUAUUAGUGGCAGGCAUGGUUUUGGGAGCUGCUCUGUGUGUGGGUUGCCUUCUAGCUGGGCUUAUUUGGUGGAGAAGAAAAAGAAACGCACAAAUAAAGAAAUGCUGCGUUGACCAAGGCUGUCAGGGUUUCCACGGGAAGAAGCUUCCAUGCACAAACCCAGAGCUUGUAUCUUACCCUCUGGUUCGGAACAUCCACGAUGCUCUUCCCAACCCUCCUCACAAUGCACAAACACCUCGAUGGAAGAAGAGGCACACUGAGGACACUUCAGCACAGAGGCCAAUCAUUCCUCAAGCAGAUCCCUUUCCUGCCUCGAAUUACGGCUUUUGA